ACAGGGUGGGUCUCUGAGCGUAGCAGUAUGUAGUUCUCCUUGAGUCAUGUGUGUCCUCUUGACAGGAAACUCAAACACACUGCUACACCGUCGCUUGAAACUCGAACCCAUUGAUUAUGACUUAUAGCAGCCCGGUUCUUGUUUUGUGUGUGGGGAAUGACAAAAGUUCGUGUGUCGAUCGUGUGACAGAUGGGCUAUUGUGCGAAAUCCACGACUCGCCACUAAACAUGACCUCCAGCGUCACACGUAGAGCGGUGCGUGCGGGUGGGAGUUGUCUGGUGUAACGCAUUGUUGUGUUGGGGGAUGAGCCCUCCGUCCGUCGGUAGUACUGCUGCUGCUUCUCCUACUUGGUCGAUUGUGGCUAGUGUGUGACUGUAACCCAAUAAUGGUCCACAAAGCAGUUAAGUGAGUUAUCUUGUGAAUUUCUUAGCGAUAAUUCACACACACAAAGAAGCUCCCUUUCUCUUUUAUCAGCAACUGAAAAGGACCCCCGUAUCGCCCGUUGGAUGAGAACAUUGUGUGCGGAAUCAGAGCCACUUAGCAGGCCGUAUCGCCUUUGCUUUGUAAGGCUGCUGGCUAGGUACCGUCUUCUUCAGCUAGCAAAACUGUUCGUGCACCCGAGCAACACGGAGCAGCAAGAUGAAGAAGAAAGUUCGGCAGCACCGGGUUGCGGUGCCGCAGAGGCCGCCAUCUCCCAUCAAGCCGUCACCCAACAAGCAGAUCUUGACGUAUGCCCAGGCGCAACGCAUGGUUGAGUUCGAAAUCGACGGACGCCUCCAUCGUCUCAGCAUAUAUGACACGCUGGACGUGAUCUCGGAUGAUGACCCCAUGGUGCAGGAGAUGAUGGAGUGUACCAGCAAUAAAGAGAAUGCUGAGAAACCACAGCAGCAGGUCCUUCUGAGGUCAGUGAGACUAAAAAACAACCAAGAGAAGAGAAAUGCUGCACUGGGAAUCACUGGUCAAGGAGAAGGAGCUGGGCAUCAUGCCAGCCGCAAUGCUGGUCCAAAGCUUCCUGAGCCGAAGUUUCGCACCGUGGAAUACAACCUUCCAGCUGUUCCUAAGCGGUCAGGUGCUUUUUAUAAAUACACAGAGAAAACAGAGGAAGAGCUUGAUGAGGAAACAGAGUAUGACAUGGAUGAGGAAGAUUAUGCAUGGCUAGAUUUAGUCAAUGACAAACGGCGAAGCGAAGGGGUCAGUCAGGUGUCCCACAAUGUGUUCGAGUUUCUUGUUGACCGCUUUGAAAAGGAGUUAUACCUGGAGAACCUGGACGAGAGCAGUGAAAAGCAAGCUGCCAUCGAUGAGGAUGCCGUGUGCUGCAUCUGCAUGGAUGGCGAUUGCCACAACAGCAACGCUAUUCUAUUUUGUGAUUUGUGCAACAUUGCUGUGCAUCAGGAAUGUUACGGUGUGCCCUACAUUCCUGAGGGCCAGUGGCUGUGCAGACACUGCCUCCAGUCACCCGGUCAGGCUGCAGACUGUAUCCUUUGUCCCAGGAAGGGUGGGGCAGUGAAAAAGACAGCGGAUGACCGCUGGGGCCAUGUGGUGUGUGCGCUUUGGGUCCCCGAGGUUGGCUUCUCCAACACCACAUUCAUUGAACCCAUCGAUGGUGUCAGCCACAUACCUCCAGCCCGCUGGAAGCUCACCUGCUACCUCUGCAAGGAGAAAGGUGUUGGGGCAUGCAUACAGUGCCACAAAGCCAACUGUUACACUGCCUUCCAUGUCAGCUGUGCUCAAAAAGCGGGGCUCUUUAUGAAGAUGGAACCCAUCAAAGAGGUAACGGACACAGGAGAGCCUACCUUCUCUGUGAAAAAAACAGCCUACUGUGGAGCGCACACACCAAAUGGAUGUGUAAGGAGGCCACUUUCAAUCUACGAUGAUGCUGAACCCAAAAAUGGCCUUUGCAAGAACUUGGAGAAAGUGAAAGCUGCUGGUAAAGGACAUUCGAAAGGAAAGCAGAAGAAAAAGAGCAAGAACAAGAAGGUUGAGCCCGAAGUUGAAAGUGAAGCUGCAACCGCUGCUACUGUGCCUACCUUUCCUGCUCACAGGUUACACACCAUUUUGAACCAGGUGUCAGUCCAGAAGAAAAGAGCUUUUGUGGAGCUGGUCCUAAAUUACUGGACACUGAAGAGGCAAUCCAGGAAUGGGAUUCCCCUCCUCAGACGCCUUCAGACAAACCUGCAUUCUCAGAAGAAUGUGCAACCGGUUUGUUCAUCUGAGCAAGUUGAGGAAGAGAGCAGGGCUUUAAAAGACCAGCUGAAGGAAUGGCACCGCCUCAGACACGACCUGGAGAGGGCCCGGCUACUGCUAGAGUUAAUCCGCAAAAGGGAGAAACUCAAGAGGGAAGAGAUGAAGCUGCAAGAGACUCUCUUAGAGAUGCAGCUGACUCCCUUCAGUAUUUUGCUCAGAACUCUCUUGGACCAGCUUCAGGCAAAAGACCAGGCCAAGAUCUUCAUACAGCCAGUGGAUAUUAAUGAGGUGCCUGACUACCUCGACCACAUCAAACACCCAAUGGACUUCUCCACCAUGCGGCAGCGCAUCGACGACCAGGGCUACAACAACCUGGAGCAGUUUGAGUUUGAUUUCAACCUCAUCGUUGAAAACUGUAUGAAGUAUAAUUCAAAGGACACUUAUUUUUACCGAGCUGCCGUUCGCCUCAGAGACCAGGGUGGGUCCCUGCUCAGAAAGGCUCGACUAGACGUGGAGAAAAUAGGCUUCGACUCGGAAAGCGGAAUGCAUCUACCCGAGGCUCCAGAAAUCAAAGCAUCGGCACCAUUUUCUUGGGAGGACGUGGACCGCCUUCUCGUACCAGCCAAUCGGGAGCAUCUGCCUCUGGACAAGCAGCUGAAGCAGCUACUGGAGAAGUUUGACCUGACGUGUGCCAUGAAGUCCAGCCCCUCGCGUAGCAAGCGCCUCAAGCUCCUCAAAAAGACCAUCAACGAUGUUCGCAAUGAGAUGAGCCUAAAACGAGUCCUGCCUCCCCACCACCACUGUACUUCCACCACAACUCCUUCCACAUCGGCAUCAUCCUCAUCCUCAUCAGCCCCUCAUCAUUUGGGGAUGGCUACACCUAAAGAAGAGAGACUGAAGCCUAAUGGACAUUUUCCAGAUGAUGAGGGGGACAAGUGUCUUCCUCCUAAACUGGAGCCCUCAGACUCCAUACCACCCCUCAUCCACUCAGACACAGACCAUGGGCCUCCCACCCUCAAACCAAUUGACGCCAUGCCAGACUGUGAUUAUAACACACACAGCAAGCGAGGGAAGUUUGAUGGGGAAAUCCCAGACCUGCUCUCCUCUGCCCCACGACUCAAUGGCUACUCCCACAACAGCCUCCAGAACUCCCUGCUAGAUGGCGACGUGAGCGUCGUGGCCACGUCCACUCUCGCAGAGCCCACUGGAACGGUCAGUCGCCGGACAGCCGUGCUCUUUCGCAAAUCAAAGACCGCCAGUCCACUAAAGCCCCAGAGGAGCGUGGAAGAGGGGACCGACAGCCUCGUCAUAAGAGAAGGCGAGGGGGAGGAAGAUGAAGACGGCGCACAGCUGGGUUCCAAAUCCUUCCUGUCGGUGGUCAUACCAAGACUAGAGACUCUUCUUCACGGCAAGAAGAGGAAGCGCAGUGGCAGCAGAGACAGCGAGGAGGAGGACGAGGAGGAGGGUGGUAGAGAGGGGGAGCACGAAGAGGAGGGAGAGUCUCCAGUGAAACGACUCAACACUGGUCUGUCGAGGGGUUUUCUGGAGGUGGAGGAGAAGGAGCUGGAAGAAACCAGCAGAACCAGUAGACCCGUGGAGCCACGGAGACGCUGUGCCUCCGAGUCCUCCAUCUCUUCGUGUAGCAGUUUGCCAGGAAACACCAGCACCAUUCUCAGUCUUCCAAAAUGUGGGAAGGGAAAACCUGCCUUGGUCCGGAGAAACACUGUGGACGAUAAGAGCGAACUAAUCGCCUGCAUUGAAACCGGGAACUUUGCAAAGGCAGCGCGAAUAGCUGCGGAGGUUGGCAACAGCAAUAUCUGGAUGCCUGCUAGUGCUGCAACAGUUGCAUUGGAACCCUUAAAGCUAGUUUGGGCCAAGUGUAGUGGAUACCCUUCCUACCCAGCCUUGAUCAUUGACCCCCACAUGCCGCGCGUGGGCUGCCAGCACAACGGGGUGUCCAUCCCCAUGCCCCCCAUGGACGUGCUCCGCAUCGGAGAGCAGAUGCAGUACAAAGCCGAAGAGAAACUCUACCUCGUCCUCUUCUUCGACAACAAGCGCAGCUGGCAGUGGCUUCCGAGGUCCAAGAUGGUUCCUCUGGGGAUGGACAAGACCAUAGACAAGAUCAAAAUGAUGGAGGGACGCACAUCCAGCGUUCGCAAGGCUGUCCAGAUCGCCUACAGCCGUGCUAUGAACCACCUGAGCAUAGUGCAGGAUGAGCCAGUCAGUGACCUCAGUGACGUGGACUGAUGACAGUCGCUGGAUCUGCUUCCCUCUCUCACUUUCACACACACACACACACACACACACACACACACACACACAAACAAACACGUACCUCUCCUGUACCAAAUACCCCUUCCCCCCCUCUCUCUGUCUCUGCAGGAGACUGAAAUGUUUACUGGGCACCUGCUGUAACAGGUGGUGUCUGUUCCUCAUCCAUUCCUACUCGUACACACUCCUCCUACCAUGUGCCGAUGGGAUACGGCUGCUGCUGAAAUGAAUGUGUCUUUUCUGUUUGUCCUCUCCACCUCCAGCCUUGUAACUGUGCUAAGAGACUGCUCCCCCCUCCUUUUUUUUUUUUCCUUCUCCCUCCCGUGUAUACACUUCACCAAUCACAACUGUCAUUUAAUUUAUCAUUUCAGUGCAUAAACGUUAAGUGACUGAUUUGGGUGCAUGAUGGUAACCUGGUUAAAUGUGCCCGCGGUGUUGAGACUUCCUAGUAAAACUUCACACCACUUGGUUGCGUUUUGGCUGUGGCUGAUAAGUUGUUUUUUAAACUUGGUCGUUUAUUUUGGCUUUUUCAAUUUUUCAUUUGUGUUAUGCAAUGCAUCUAGAAGCUGGAUUCAAAGAAAUGUACAUUUCCUGCUUACAUGAAGGCCUUUUAGUUGCAUUAAAUCAGCUGGAGCCAAAUCAUAUGUCUAUGUCACAUUUACUCACUGAAGUCAUCUCCAUUUACAAAUAUCUCCCUUUUUUUAUUUAAACUGUAAAUAAUCUGUACAGUUGCCUGACACUAACUUAUUUUGUAGUUUUGACAUAAAUGGAAACUGUACAGGAGUUUUUUUUAGUAUUUAUACUUGAUUCAUUCUCAGCACUAAGGUGCAAGUGCUGUUUUUUCCAGUGCUGUGUGAUCAAGAAGAAUAAAAAUGCAAAAGCCUUAGUAUUAUAAGAUUUAUUAGGGCUGAAAUUACAUGUUUCUGAGAGGUAUGAAAGUAUUCCCUUCUUUUUUGUUUUAAGUUAUUUAAGUGUAUAAUCAUGAGGUUCCACCUGGCAUUAAUUCCUAUUGUAUGGAAGUAGUUUUAGUAUUUUUGUUCCUAUAUAUUUAUAUGAUUUGAACUCACAGUGAUGACAGAUGUAAGUCUCUGAAGCUCAUACAGGCAGUCUUAUGUGGACACAGAACAUAUGUUGUUCUCAAGAAACCAAAAAUAUUGCUACCCAGAUGUUUUUCUUUUCUUUCUUUCUUUCUUUUGGUUGAUUUCUUGUGUGAUGUGUGAAAUUGUUGCCAAAAAAGAAAAAAAAGUGUAUUUUUAUGUGAUACAUUUGACUGUUACUUGGUUUUUGGUGUAGUCGUAGGGAGAUCAUGCCUGCGUUUAACUUAUUGUAAAGCAUUUGAAUUACUUUGUAGUCAAGGAAAGAUGUGAAAACUGAUUGUGGUAAAGUGGCACAUUUUGUGGUGGAUACUUGCCUUCUUUUUAAGUAACCUUUUCUAAUGUUCUUUUGUAGCUGUAGAGUGAAAGACUUUUCAUUUUAUACUAUUGCCUAUUUUAAUUUCUGGGUAGCAUUGGGUAGUUUUGGUAUAUUUCAUUUUGUACUUAACUGUCGUAGUUUUUUUUAUCAGGUUAUAUGAAACAUUGCUGGGACUGUUUUUUUUGUAGCAAAGCAAAAAAUAAACAUACAGAUAUAAACAUC